AUGGCUUCGGCAUCCAGGUUCGAAGAUGCCCAUGUCUAUGGCUAUUUGCGGACGCAGGGUGUCGUCUAUCAGCUCGAGGAAGUUGAGACAUCCAUUGGCCGUGGCGAGGAGUGCAGCUUGCAGCUGGAUGGCAAGGGUAUCUCGCGAAUGCAUGCACGAUUAACGUUCACUGGAAGGCGGCCGCAACUUCUGGAUCUAGGUUCCAGCAAUGGCACCUUCGUGAACGGGCUGCGUCUGAAGCCCAACAUUCCCCAUGAUUUGAAACAUGGUGAUGUGGUACGCUUCGCGCAGGCAAGAUGUACAUAUAGUUUUGAGUUGCCACCGGAAGGUCAGAAAACUCCAAAGACACCUAAAGAGAACCCAGAGCCGCCAGGUCAAGAAGAGACCCCUCCCCGGCCAGCCCUGAAGUCGAAGGAAGACGGCGAGAAGCCAGGGCCAGGCAAGGAUGUACAGCCGGCAUACCCCGGAACUGCGGUGCCGUGCGUCAACGUAUUGCCCGUUCCCUUCCCUUUCAUGCAACCUGGGAUGCCUGGGAUGCCAGGGCCGGCAAUGCAGCCGAUGCAACUUUUUGCGCCAGCGCAUUCUCCACCUCAGCCCUCUGCGGCUGCGGCUUGCCCACACCCCUCUCCUCCAGACUCGGAGCAGAUCUGUCCACGGAGGAGCUCGGUGAUUGAAGAGUCCGAGAUGCUGCAAAAGCAAGACCUCCUCCUGCAAAGACUUUGGAAGCUUGAGCAAACGAUUUCCCGCCUCGCCGAUGUGAACCUGGAGGUUUGCCAAAGAGCAAAUCCCAGCGGUCCCGGCCCACAUCCAGAUGACACAGAAAAACGCGAGGACGAUCCGUCGGCAGAGGCUGAGGAAGCCCAUCUGGUCGCAGCGGCCCUGACAGCCGCUACAGAACGGCUGGCAAGCAUCGCUGAGCGGGAUACACUCGCAGGCUCGCCCUCACAGGCUAAAGGCAGUUCGUGUUUUAGCGAGAUGUCUCAGAAACAACCGGAGGUCGGGGUCGGGGAUCAAGCCGAUGCCCUGAAUCUGGAAGCGCAUGCUGAGCUCACGUCAGAGAUGCAACGCAUGCUCGCGUUGUACGAGAUGGUGGUGGGUGCGGGUAAGCCAGAUUACAGUUCGGGCGCAGGGAAUGCUGAUGCUAGCAGCUCAUCCUCGGGAUCUGUGGACAAGGCUCCUCCGCGACCUUUGUUUGAGGGUGCGGUAGGAGAAACUUCGGUGGUGCUGACUGCCAUAAUGUCUGCGCUUGAAGAACUGGCUGCUAUGGGCUACGCCAACCCAAACGUGGGAGGGCAUAGGAGAUGGAAUGCCUUGGCACAUGAGCGCGAAAGACUCGCGAAGGAGGAAGAAAUAGAAUCCGAGCGCUUGCAUGAGCUCGAGGAUCACGAGGGGAGUUUCCGUCAAAGCACGGAGGCUGAACUUUCCGAGCUGAGCCGGAUCUUAGAAGGCGAGGAUGCCGUCGGCAUCACCGAUGGUGAAUCACACCCAAUGUUCCAAGACAUUCCGCAGACGAAGCUCACGGCGCAGCAAGCAUACGAUUAUCUUCAGACUGAGCUAGCACGUGUUGAAGCGGACAAAGCACGUCUCGAAGUGGCAGCCUCCAGCUUGUCGGGAGAGCUCUCGGAGAGCCACCGACAGUAUCAAGAGGAGAAGUCCAAGGCCGACACCGCCUCGAAGUUCUUCGCCGGUACCGAGGAGCUGGCAGACGAGCUGCAAGAAUGGCUCUACUCAGGCCGCUCAGAACGCAUGGCGGCUCUUGAGAGGAUGACAUGCCUAGCGCAGACCCAGCUCGAGCACAAAAGCAAGGACUGGCGCUUUGCUGAAGACCGGCAGCUCCAGUCGGACGAACGGCCCAAAGACACGCUUCUGGAAUGA